UGAAGGAAAUGUGUGCGAGCGACGGAAUCCUUAAAAGCCCAGUUUAUAGAGCUUUUGAUUUCUUAGGGGUGAGAGUGGGCGAAAGAUCCUAAUAUCGGUUGACAUAAUGGGUGUAAUGUGUCAUGUAGCAGUCCAGCAGGUGGCAGUGUUGUGUAACUAGAAAAAAAUCACAAUUGAAGGAUAUUGCCAUGCCAGUGAUCUGAAGGAAUAAUGUUACCAUCAUGUCUGUGCAUACUUUGCUGUGCGAGAGGAUUACUAUAGCCGAGGAGCUCAUCAAGAGGGCAGCAGCCCUUUCUGGAUCCCGAAAAGAUGGCCUAGCAGGGGGAUCAAAACUGUGCAGCAAACUAAAGGCAGAGUUAAAAUUUUUGCACAAGGUGGAAACUGGUAAAGUAGCCAUCAAAGAAUCUCAUCUGCAGAGUACGAAUCUCACUCACUUGCAAGCCAUCAUCGAGUCAGCUGAGAACUUGGAGGAGGUUGUUGGUGUUCUCCAUGUCUUUACUUAUGAGGACAAAUUUGGUGAGAAACAAAGCCUGGUGGUGGAUGUAGUUGCAAACAGUGGCCAUACCUGGGUGAAAGCAGUUGGUCGAAAGGCUGAAGCCCUGCACAACAUUUGGUUGGGCAGGGGCCAGUAUGGUGACAAAAGCAUCAUUGAGCAAGCGGAGGAUUUCCUGCAAGCAAGCUGCCAGCAACCAGUGCAGUACAGUAACCCACACAUUAUCUUUGCUUUCUACAAUGGUGUGUCCUGCCCAAUGGCCCAGAGGCUGCAAAAGAUGGGCAUAUCUGUGCGGGGAGACAUUGUUGCUGUGAAUGCGUUCACGGAGUAUGCUAGUGAAGACCUCCACCUGAGUUCUGAUGAAUCUGAUGAAGGAGGCGAGCACCUUCAGGUGACUGAAGUGGAUCGGGACAAGCUAAUAGCAAGCAUUGCUUUUCCAACAGAAGUCAGAGUAGACAUGUGCAAUAGGGUGAACUUGGAUAUUACUACUCUGAUUACAUAUGUCUCUGCCCUUAGCUAUGGGGGCUGUUAUUUCAUCUUCAAGGAGAAAGUCUUAUCGGAGCAGGCACUGCAGGAGAGAGAAGAGAGUGUUCUUCCACUACUGGAGGAGUUCAUGAAGGGAAAGGAGCUGUUCGCUUGUGAAUCUGCAGUCAAAGACUUUCAAGUCAUUUUAGAAACUCUAGGGGGGCCUGGUGAGAAAAGUCGAGCCACGGUAUUCAUGGAGAGAAUCCACGUGGUAGCGGACCAGCCCUCUGAGCGUGCCUUAACACUAGUGCCCAGUUCCAAAAUCAAUAGCCGUUCUGUGACCAUCUUUGGGACAGGAGAUGCUUUAAAAGCCAUCACCAUGACUGCAAACAGUGGAUUUGUUAGGGCAGCAGCUAACCAGGGUGUUAGAUUUAGCGUGUUUGUUCAUCAGCCGAGGGCGCUGACCGAAAGUAAAGAGGCUUCUGCCACACCUUUACCAAAGCAUUGAGCUGGGUCCUAAUAGUUUAAAACCAGGUCUGCACAGUCAUUAAAAUAAUGGAACCAGUGGGUUGAUCUUACCAAAUAAUUGUUUGUUUACACGGCCUGUAGUAGAAGCAAUUUCAGAAACAAAGCUUUAAAAAAAUAUGUGGAGACAAUCUAUCCAAAGGGUAGAAAUAAUCCUGGUAAGGGACUUGGGACUGCCAACAAGGUAUUAGCAUUGUGUUGAAUCCCACUUUUCCCCAAUGGCAAUGUCUCGUGCAACUUGUCUUACGUGCUGGCAUCAUGCACUGUGCGGUUCCUUACUCAACAUCAUUGACAGGGAAAUGCACAGCAUAAUAAUCUUUGGCAUAAUCAUGUCAGUGCAUGUUGUAUUAAAGGAUGGAAACAACUGCACAUUGACCAUAGGCUCCGGCUUUGAUGGCAACCCUAAAUUCCUUGUAAAGUUUUAAUUCUGCCUUGGGGUUAGACACAUUUACCCCAUUGAAACAAGCUUCCUUGUGGGAUUGUAAAAAGGGCUCAGAUUUGGCUGGUUUGUGCCCCAGCCUUCACAUGUGGCAUGAGGGUCUGUGGUUUCCAGGAUCUGUCUUCAGACUGAAAAUACAUGGAAUGGAGAGUAUCGGUACAUGAGUUGGAAUAUGUGGCAGAAUGAGUCAAGGAUAUGAUCCAACCAGAGUUAAGCACUUUUAUGUCCCAUCGAUUUAAAUGUGAGUGUCUUAGGCACACACUAAACUCUCUCACAAAAACUGAUAAGUAUUUAAAAGAAACAUUUACGUGACUUGAUUGUAAACUUUAUCUUUUUGCGGAAUCAUUCUGGUUAUCUCUUCAGUGGCUCCAAAGUAAUAUAAGUUACUGGGGAUAAUUAUGCUGUUAGCAGAGUACAACAUAUCAUCAAAAUCUUACCAUUCAAACAGAACCGGUAUACGGAGUCUUAAUGCUUGGAGGCUGGCAUUUUAUGACUUCAGAUUUAACUGCCAUAAAGCUUACAAUGGCUGCGGGGGGGGGGGACUAUAUAUGGGAAUUAGUUAGUGCAAUAUGAAUAACAUGGCAACAACUGACAAGAUGCAAAUGGAUCAUAAUUUAGAAGCAAAUAGUUAGAAUAUUGAGGUCAUCCUUAUAAGUAGCGUUGGUGUGUUAGAGAAGUUAAAACUGAUGCUCUUACAUGGUUAUAUUUAGAAUGUUACCCUGAUCUGUUCCUAGUGCUCUAGGCCAAACAUAUAGUUUCACAUUCUAAAAAGGAAUUUUAACAAAAGGACCUUUCCUCUAAACAUUCUCCUGGCACCUGCACAACAUAUACAUGAAGUAAAUAAAUAUGCAAAAAGUUGGUGUUAAAACUGAAUGGCACACUGUCUCUUUCUGUGUGCCAUUCAGACAUAGAAAUGAGUGUUAAUGUUUAUUCAUCGUGGUCACCAGGGCAAUGUCUGCUGUGUUUUUUGUUUUUGUUUUAACUCUGAAUACAGUCCGGCAUUUCUUGUUUCCUUGACACAGACUGUAUAAGAAUACAAUGGUAUUUAUAAUACCCCUUUUGCCCCUAGGGCUCAAAGCAAGCUGGACAUUUUGCAAUACUUUGCCUUUGUUUGUCAGAGUGCAGAAAAACAGCAGAGCCUGACAAAAAAGGAUGUGGAGUAGAAGAAAUGGUAUUGUGUGGGGGAAGUCCUGGGCAGUGCUCAGCGCCUGCGCCUUUUAACUGUUGGAAGCCCUUGUUAGUGAUUUAGGCAGCAAUCCUGUGCACACUUACCUUGGAGUGCGCUCCAUUAAGCACAUAAACAUACAUGGGAUUGCCCAGUUGGAAAACAUCUGUAGAUCUUACCUACAUGUUAGCAAGCUGCUUGUGGUAGCCAUGAGGCCUAGAAACGUGUCCACACGUGGGUUCAUUCUUAGUAUAGCAAGUUGUGCUUUUUAAAUAGAAUACAUGGUGGCUGUGUGUCUACACAUUGAUGCCAAUCAUGGCUUCAGUUCUCUGCAAAGCUUCCUCUGGUACAGUAUUCAUUUGUUUAGUUGGCUAGUUCUGAGGACAGGGCUGAUGGUGGUAGCUAUAAGAGUCUUUUGGUUUCUUUUUCUUUCUUACGCUUACAUUCCACUUUUCCUCUAAACAGCUGAAGGUGGUGUACCCGGUUCUCCCCUCCCCAUUUGCUCCUCUCAACAAUCCUAUGAGAUUGCCUUUUGCAAAUAGGAGCUGGGGGAAACGUUGAAAUGUGUUCAGCUGUUCAUUCCCACAGAAGAUGCUGGAAUUUUAAGCAGCCUAAAUUUCUGCAGGUUAGAGGUAGAUUAAUGGUGAAGAGAGCUGGGUUUAGAGUGUGGAUAUAAAUCCCAGGUCUCCCUGGGAGUCUUCAGUAGAACCUGCACUCCACUAGAAAGGCCUAAUUCUCACUUCCCUUUCUUUGUCACUGAAAGCGCUGUCUGAUUUAUUCCAAGUACUCUUCACCACACAAAGGACAUGCAAAUAUUCUUUUCGAUGCAACCAGUUUUUGACACUUCUUUUGUGUGGCCAUUAUCCACUCAAGUCAAGGGCUUUUAAACCAAACCACUCUGUUUCUUCUGUAGAAACUUGACUUCCCACUCACUUUGGGAAAAGAGAAAAAUAGCUCUCUUUCUGCUAUUUUUAUUGCACAAUCAUAAAAGGCAUGUUCACAAAGGGUGCCUGGAGGCUCUUUGAUCAAGGCUUGGCCUAAUGGCUACACCUUUGUCUAUAAAGCUGGUACCAUGAUCAUGUCUAGCCCACAGACAUUCCACAAAGCAUUGCAUGAAAUGGUAUCAGGAUUUGGGUCUGAAGGUUUCUGAGCAAUUUUUGCCCCUUUCUCAUGUAUCUUGACUUAUUUUAUUUCUUUUCUUAUUUAUUGAUUAGAUUUAUAUCCCACCCUUUCUCCCUGUAGGAGCCCAGGGUGGCACAACAACUCACACAUGUAACACUGAAGUUUGCACCUCUGACUGGUGCCAUUUUCUGGCAGCAUUAAGAAGGGAUGGGCUUUGGUUUCUACUUGCAAAAAUAGCCGGUUUCUAGUACAUUACAUGCAACUGAAAGUUUAUGGCAGGGAAGUUGUGAUGUCAUUAUCAAGGCCAGAUCUCCUGUUUCUUUCAAAACUCUUGGGAAAAUAGCAUUGUCACAAUUUUUUAUCAUGCUACAGUGAUGGGGGAUGGGGAGAUGCUUGUCUUCUAAAUCAGGGAUGGCUAACUCUUGGCCUGGGGGUCUGAUCUGCCCACCACCACUACCAUGAAGUUAUUCUGGUCCUGCCUUGGUGGGGAUAGAAAUCACUCCCUCCCUGGUCAUAAUAUAAUCUAUAACUCCCACUGUCCUUGGAUCCCAUGCUUGCUAGGUCUGAUGAGUUGUAGUUCAGCAACAUCUGGAGGACCAAAGGUUUUCCACCCUGAGAUAAUCAUUUGAUGAAUGUGCUUAACCUUCCCUCCUCAGCUGAUCUGCAUGGCUCAGCUGAGAAGGCUGCUGUGUGUCCUGUGUAUGUGCAAGAAUAGGGAGGGGUUGGCCAAGGAUGGAAGUAGUCCUCAGGCCAAAAAUGUUAGCAACCCUGUGCUAAAUACUCUCUUGCUUCAGAUUUUUUAAAAGUUAAAAGUACCAGUGCAAUGUGUGUGGUGUGCGCGUGCAUGUCAGUGAGGGAAAACAACACAGAGAAGGUACUGCAAAUAAAAAUAAUUGUGGCAAUUUU